AUGCAGUCGGACGCGAGCAACGACGUUUCGGCCAUUUACGUGGCGAAGUACAAUCGAUUCGUGGACAAUAUUUUAGGAAGAAUCAAUAAGAUCCUGCGUAGCAAUUACGACCCCGUGACGGUGAAACUUACCAAUCCGAAUGCAAAAUCGAAGUUGAACAAGCAGAAAAGCAAGAACAAAACGAAAAAGAAUGGCAACAAGAACGGGACGAAGAAAAGCACUUUAGGAGCUACUGUUGCACCAACAGAGAAAACAACUGAGGAAAUCCCCGAGCACACGCAGCUGAGAAAGAGCAAACCAAAGGCACGAGCUACACUUUACGGACUUGCAAGCCUUCAGAGAUCAGGGGACGUGUCGGUGAACAUGAUGAGCGACCACACUAUGAUCAAAACGAAAUUCACCCUUGGUCCUCUGAUACUGAAGGUGGAGAAGGAAUUCGGCAGAGCUGCAAAGAAGGAAUUGAGAAGCGCGACCGCAACCACCGCCGAAAUGUCGGGAAAAUUGAGCCUUCGUGUUCUUCACGGCGGUGUUGCUACCCUCAAUUCUAUUCGAGUUCUGCAACCUAAACAAGUACGAGUGGAGAGUGCGGACGAUCACGACAGAACGCGCGAAUUUGUCUGGAAGAGAUCGUCGCACAUUGCUCAUUUAGUCUCGGAGAAAUUAUCGUCGGCGACAAAGUCGAUGCUUCGACCUCCACCUGUUGUAAACACCGCCGCUUAA